AUGAGCAGGAGGUGGAUACAGAAUCCGAAUAGGUGCGCAGACGAAUAUUUGGAUGGAAUCGAGGAUUUCAUUGACUUUGCACGGACACACAACCCGGGUGCAACUAGAAUCCGUUGUCCUUGUAGGAGCUGUAACAACACGUUGUGGGACACAAUUGAAAAUGUUCGAUUUCAUUUAGUGAGGAAUGGAAUGAUUGAGACAUACAUCACUUGGAACCAUCACGGGGAACAAUUAGACAUUGCUUCGUCUUCAAGGGCCACAAGAGUAGAUAAUGUUGAACCCAGUGUUGAUCCUAAUGAACAAGUUAGGGAUAUUAUAAAUGAUGCAUUUCCAUUUGCAUCGACCAGCAGCAAUCAGGAAGGGGAAGAUGACGUGCCUACAGAAAUGGACAGUGCAGAGUUCGAAAAGUAUGAAAACCUGUUAAGAAAUGCCAACCAAGAGUUAUACCCGGGGUGCGAGAGCUUUUCCGUUCUGACGGCGAUUGUGGAGCUAAUGCAGGGAAAAAUAAAGUAUCGUAUGUCGAAUCUGUGUUUUGAUUACUUUUUGGGGGUUUUCAAGAAAAUGCUUCCAACGGACAAUUGUUUGCCGAAAGACCACAGGGCGGCACAGAAGAUGUUGAGUGGUCUUGGAUUGGGUUAUGAAAAAAUCCACGCAUGCAAAAACAAUUGCAUGUUAUUCUACAAAGAAUAUGAAACGUUGGAUACAUGCCCUAUAUGCAAUGAGUCGAGGUUCAAACAGACGUCUCAUAAUAGAAUGACUAAGGUUCCACAAAAAGUCAUGCGUUAUUUGCCCCUAAAACCAAGAUUGCAGCGACUGUAUAUGUCGACACAUACUGCCACAGACAUGAGAUGGCAUAAGGAAAAACGGGUAGACGACGAUGUGAUGCGGCAUCCUGCAGAUGGGGAGGCAUGGAAAGAGUUCGAUCGAACGUUCCCCGAGUUUGCUGCUGAUCCCCGGAAUGUUAGAUUGGGACUUGCCACAGACGGAUUCAAUCCGUACGGGGUUCUAAACCAACACCACAGUACUUGGCCGAUUUUCGUAUUCCCAUAUAAUUUGCCGCCUUGGAAAUGCAUGAAAAAAGAGUAUAUGAUGAUGACUGUUUUGAUAACUGAGGAUCCUGGCAGGUCAAUCGAUGUGUACUUAAGGCCGUUGGUUGAUGAGCUCAAGGAUUUAUGGAUAAACGGUGUGCGCACGUACGAUAAAUCCACCGGGAAGAUGUUCACUUUGCGGGCGGCAGUUAUGUGGACUGUGAAUGAUUUUCCCGCAUAUGCAAUGGUGUCGGGGUGGAGCACAAAGGGUUAUAUGGCAUGCCCUGUAUGCAAGGAAGAUGUGACUUCGGGUUGGCACGCUGGAAAAGUGUGUUAUCUUGGACAUCGAAGAUGGUUGCCAUGGGACCACGAGUGGCGGGAAAAGGAUAAAGAGCACAAUCUCGACGUUAUGCAUGUUGAGAAAAAUGUGUUUGACACAUUGAUGGGAACGAUUCUAGAUAUCAAGGGCAAGACAAAGGACACUCCGAAAGCUCGUCUUGAUUUGGAAAGAAUGGGCAUACGAAAGGGUUUAUGGCUGAAAAGGGGCAAUGAUAAAGCUAUACGGGAUCUUGCAUUUUUUUCAAUGAAACCGAAUGACAACAAAGAGUUUCUACAGUUCGUAUCGUCUGUAAAGUUUCCUGACGGGUAUGCUUCUAAUAUCGCACGUUGCAUGAGGGUUGACGGGGAAGAGGCAUUGCUCGCUGGUCCAGUCAACUAUCGCUGGAUGUAUCCUGUAGAAAGGCUUCUUGGUGAGCUGAAAAAAACCGUACGCAACAGAGCGAAGCCCGAAGGAUCCAUUGUAGAGGCUUGGGUGAAUAAGUUGAAAUCAGAGAAUUCCCCCUCUUACAGUGAAGAGUUAUAUAACUUAGCAUUCUGCCCAAUUAGGACUGAAUUGUUCUCGGGUUGUCAUGUUAACGGCGUCAAGUUUUUGGGAACUGCACGAGAUGACAAGUUGUGUACGCAAAACAGCGGUGUCCUUGUUCUGGGUGGAGGCGAAAGUACGGACAUUAAUUUCUAUGGCAAACUCACAACUGUCGUGCAAUUGCUUUACAAAGACCGAUACCAAGUGAUCAUGUUUAAGUGUCGAUGGUUUGAUACGAACCCAAAUAGGCAGGGAAGUGUUAAAAUUGAUCAUGGGUUACUAUCUGUGAACAUCAACAAAACUUG